UAUGAAUCAUAUAAUUCAAUGGCAAAAGUUUUUUUUGCAUAUUUGAGAAUAUUUUAAGAUGAAAGAAUAUUUCGUAUAAUAAAGAAUAUUAGAGAAUAUUUCGAUUAAUCUUUUGGGAUUUGGAUAUUUUUUGUUGUAAGGACGAAAAUUAUAUAUAAUAUUAAAUAAGUGUUUAGUCUGUUGUUAUUGAGAUGACUAUAAAUGGAAUAAUGAUUACGACGCUCAAUAAGUCACGUAGGCUAAAAAUGAAUUGGAAAAAACACUUCAAAAAUAGCUCCAAACGUUCGUUUAUGACAUUAAGUAACGAGUUCAUAGAAUAGAUAUACAAAGUUCAUAUUGUAUAACAUAAUAUUAUACGCGAGUGUAGUUCAUUUAGUUGAUAUCCCAUCAGUCUAUGGUUUAAUGCCGCGCGUCGUCUAUACGUAAUAUUGUCAUACUGGGUGUAAUUUAUUUGUCCUGUUAAAUUAUUUUCAAUAUGCCGAAAAUCCCAUCAAGUAAAUUAAAAAAUUUAAUUGCACAGUGGAUACUACCAUUAAAUAAAAACAAUGUCAUUUUUACAACUGAUGGUGCUACUCUUUUUUGUCAACUGUGUAACAAACACAUACCAUGCAUUAAAAAGUCUCAGAUUACACAACACGUACACACAUCUUUACACCAAGAAGCUCUAAACCGUAAGUUAAAUACUUCAAAACAAUUAUUUUUAUCGGAAUCUACUUCUAAAAAAAAUGUAAAUGAAUUCUAUGAAGACUUAUGUUUGAGUUUUAUUUCUGCUAAUAUACCGUGGUAUAAACUACAAAAUCCACAAUUCCGUGCAUUUUUAGAAAAAUAUAUUGGCAAACAUAUACCCGAUGAAAGUUUGUUACGUAAAAAUUAUCUUCCACAUUGUUAUGAUAAGACUUUAUCCAAUAUAAAAAAUGAAAUUGGGGAAAAUAACAUUUGGAUUGCGGUUGAUGAGACGACAGAUAUAAAUGGUCGUUAUGUGGCAAAUUUAUUGGUUGGUAUAUUAAAGUCAAAUCAUCCGACUCGUUCUUUUCUUUUAACAUGUAAAGUUCUAGAAAAAACUAACCAUUCUACAGUGGCUCGAUUUGUGAAUGAUGGGUUAAAAUUACUAUGGCCCUUGGGCGGAAAUGAUGAAAAAGUGUUGUUGAUGCUCUCAGAUGCUGCACCAUAUAUGGUGAAAACUGGACAGUCAUUAAAAGUAUUUUAUCCCAAUUUAAUUCACGUGACAUGCGCAGCUCAUAUGCUUAAUAGGGUAGCAGAAAAGGUUAGAGAAAUGUAUCCAGACGUAAAUUCAUUAAUUAAUAACAUAAAAAAAGUAUUUUUAAAAGCUCCGUACCAUGUUCAAGUGUAUAAAGAACUGUUACCUGAUAUUCCGUUACCCCCCGAACCGGUAUUAACAAGAUGGGGAACAUGGUUGGAAGCUGCUGUUUUUAACUGUGAUCAUUUCCAAGGUUUAAAAAAAGUUAUUGAAGAAUUAAGUAAACAAAAAUCUCCUAGUCAGUCUAUACUUAAAUGUAAAUCAGUUCUUGAAUUAAAAACUGUAGAAAAUGAAUUAAUAUUUAUUAAGACCCAUUUUCUUAUGCUUAUAACAGCCAUAAAAAAUUUAGAAAAGUCAAAUGUGACUCUUGUUGAUUCGAUAAAUCUUAUUGAAAGUACAAUUGUUAAACUUCAACAAAUACCUGGAGAAAAUGGAGAAAAAAUAAAAAUAAAAAUUGAACAACUUCAACAAAAAAAUCAGGGACUCACAAUUUUAAAGAACGUAGCAAAAAUGUUGAAAGGAAAUAAUGAAAUACAAUUUGUAGAUAAUUUUUCACCUACUAUGGUAACUGAUUUGCAGUAUGCUCCUGUGACUUCAGUUGAUGUUGAACGUUCGUUCAGUACAUAUAAAAACAUUUUAACAGAUCGUCGUACGAAAAUGACGCCAGAACACAUGGAACAGAAUAUAGUUGUUAACUGUUUCCAAAAAGGAGAAUUGUCUUAAAUAAAAUAUAUCAUUUAUAUAACUUUAUCAUGUUAAUAAAAUGUUAAGUUAAAGUAUUUUUUAAAGCUAAAUUAUAAUGUAUUGUUUAUUUAAUUAAAAAUAUAUUAUACAUUUAUAUAUAUAUAUUUCAUUUAAUAUAUAUAAUUAUACCAAGAAUUACCUUUUUUUUAAAAUAUAAAAGCAUAUUUUGAAUUUAGGAGAAUAUAUUA